UUAUUUUGACGUCACAAAACAGGUUCUGUUUGUGAGGACACACCCACGUGGCCGACGUAUUAGCAUGACGUCACAGAUGCGCUUACACGCUUGUCCAAUCAUUGGACAUUAUCUGUUCUCUAUCAAUGGAAAAUGAUUGGUAGUGCGCGCGCUAAUAAUACGCGCGCGUCCGAUUAACACAAACGGUGUUUGCGUAUUGCAUUCUGACGUCAUGUUGGGUAAUGUUUCCGUCGUUUCCACAACACAAACGCCCGGACGUGAUAAAUACCGUACGCUUUACGCAUAGCGUUGACUUUCAAAAUUCGCUUUUCAAGUGAGAAGGUCUCCAUAACGAUUGCUGCGGCAAAAGUUGUGUUCAAAGUGCGAAAAUUGCGCGAAAAUAUUGACAAUUUUUCGAAUCGAGUUUAUUGACGAUUUGCUGAUCGACCACUGAGGUGAAAAUAUCAUUAUGAACCGGAGAACGGAUCGAUACUUUCACGGGCCUACCGUGCCGUCAAACCACUCAUACAGCAGAGGGAAGAGCACGUUUCACCGUGUCUUCACGCUGCCGCUGCGCCGGCUAUUCCUCUGCUGCACCCCGGGCCAUGACGAGCCCUACCAGCCCCAACCCAAACCCUCGGACUUCGGUAGACACCAUCAACAUGUGGCUGCGACCCGCGGCCGAAGUCCCUCAAGUGCGGAUGAGACGAGACCCGGCAAACGCCUCUCUGGGCGCAAGGUGGCGCCUUACCCCGAGGGGUCGUCUCUUCUUUCUCGUCAGCCAUUGGUCAAAUCUGACCAGAGUACAACCAAACAGCAACGAGCGCGACAAGACAUCACACACGGUGCGCGUGAUGUCGAUGAUGUGUCGAUCCAGGACAAAGACCCUCAAGCAUCUACGAGGAGUUCCAAGAGAUGCUGGAACCCUGGACAAGUGGGCGUGAGCUUGCUGCGACACGAGCAGAAAACUACGUCUGAAGCAGCUAAGAAGCCAAGAAAGAGCAAAAAAGGCUCCAAGAAGCGAAAAUCUGGGACGAAAGGCAAGAAGAACCAGAUUCGCCCAUUGCCUCCUCUUCCGGUCACCAUAGCAACCGCAACCGACGACGAGCAGAGUGCAAGAAACCCGUCAUUGCUUGAUGCUGCUGUCCGGCCAACACGCACUCAGAAACAAGGGGAAAAGGAGAAGCAAAACUUCACCAACGAGUAUCGGCCAAAACAAGUGCAAGUCUUGCCCGCCAAUCGCGGCACUCGAACAGAUAUUGUUGUGACCAAGAUGAUGCCCGCUAGGCAAGAUAGUCCCGUGGUGGACAACUUGACAACCAAGUAUUCUGAGAGGAAAGGUCAUCAGGCGGGAAGACCCCUUACGAAACUGAACAACAAAGAUCUCCAAAAUAAAGCAAAGAAGUCAACUGGAGACGAAAACAUUCCGAAGCCAAUGGUGGUGACCGUUAAACCGGUUCCCAAGCAGAUCCAAAACUCACCACAGGCUCCACGGAAAGGACGUCAAUACGACAACCCCGCCCCCUUCGUCUGUCGACCGCUCCCGGCGCUUCCAUCCUCGGUUGCCGCUCAAAAUGCCCGCAACCUUUUGCCAGUGAAACCUAAACCAAUUCUUCAGAACGGUGCACAGUUUCAACAGCCGAGGAAACCCAAGAGGCCUGCCGAGCCGGGGAGAUUGACCAUGAUUCCGCUGACGACCAACGGCUUCACCAGAGAACUGAAGUGCACCGUGUACAGACCGUCCGAUUUCGAGGCGAUCACGGUCAACGGAGCGGCCGUCACGCUCGGCCAAGGGACCUUCGGGGAAGUGAACCUGAUGCGGCUGCUGAGCUCCAAGCGCCCUCUGGUAGCCGUCAAGUUUUGCAAAUCGCAUCUGGUUCAGGAUGGUGAUGUAUGGAGGGAGGUAGCCGCAAUGCAGGCUGUUCAAGACCACUGGGCCUUCCCCAAGCUGUACGGAAUCAUCAGGAGCCAGAGGAGCCAAGAUCUCUCCGCCAUCGUAAUGGAGUUCAUCGGGAACACCAACUCCAUGAUGGGGUUGUCUGUGGCUGACGCCAUUCGCUCCAAGAAGUACAUGCCUUUCAAACACAACUGGGUGUGGAUCGCCAACGAUAUCGCGAGAGGGCUUGCCCAUCUCCACUCGAAAGACUACCUGCACUGUGAUUUGAAGACAAACAACGCCCUCUUGUGGCGUGACCCGAACAGAAACAUGUGGCGGGCUAAACUCAUCGACAUGGGCAAGGCUUGCAAGAAAAACGAAGCCAAGGGGCCCAUGUUCCUCUCCAAGGCAGAACAGAGGGAGACCGCCCAGAUCUUCCCACAUGUGCCCCACGAGGUCCUCGCGGGGGAGGUAGGUUACACCGUGGAGGGCGACAUCUUCUCGUUGGGUUAUCUGCUGUUGCAAAUAGCGCAGGUCAGCACCCUGAAAAAGCCAAUGAAGAAACUUGGGGAACGCUGUAAUGGCACCAGACCAAGGUCUCGCCCCGCCCUGUCACGUGUCAUCCAGGAGCUAACCUCUUUCGCUGUCAACGGAUGUUGA